UUUCCUAUUAACUAUACUAUUCAAGUGUAUUAUGAGGAGGUGUUCAGACUACGCAACAUCAGCAGAUUGAAUAUGAGUAAUGAAGAGGAGCCAGUGUUGAAGAGAGAUUUACAGGAGUUGUGGCUUUCGGUUAGUCAGCGGGGUAUAAAGAGGGUGUUAAGGGUGCUUCCAGAGAGACAUCCAACACGCCAGAAAUACCUCUCCAAUCUGGAGAAUCUCUUCAGAGAUUUUGAGGCGGUUUAUUUUCAACAGAAUCCCACAGAUGAAGAGAGAGAACCUCCAGAGAGAAUACGAAACAUCUCGGAACGACUGGAUGACACAACUUACGAGGGAUGGAAGUCUGUUACACCCAAGUCAUUAUUGGACAACUGUUAUCGGACCAUGCUUUGCCUGUUCAAAGAAUGCUUCUCAAAAAAGAGGACGACAGUUUAUGAUUAUUGUGAAGUCAACUGGAGGAAAGGGAAUAAACUACAUAGCAGCAGAUCUAAGUAG